UGUGACUCUGUUCCAGAUCACGAUGUGGAUUUGGGUGUGCACGUUGUUUCUCUCCACUCUCAUCCACGGCGGCUGGACCGUUCAUGGUGAAUGGCGCUCUGAUGAACCACACUGGAAAUUGGACCCUGAAGUGGACAUGAACAUUACGGAGAUCAUUCAGAGGUGGGGUUACCCUGCAGAGGACCACGAGGUUGUGACAGAGGACGGCUACAUCCUGACGGUCAACAGGAUCCCUCAUGGACUCAAACACACACCAAGCCCGAAGCCAGCAGUCUUCCUGCAGCAUGGACUCCUGGCUGCCGGCAGUAACUGGAUCACCAACCUUCCCAACUCCAGUUUGGGCUACGUGCUGGCAGAUGCCGGCUACGAUGUGUGGAUCGGAAACAGCCGAGGGAACACCUGGUCCAAGAAACAUAAGACUCUGAGCCCAGAUCAUGAGGACUACUGGAGGUUUAGCUAUGACGACAUGGCUCUGAAGGAUCUCCCUGCGGUGAUCAACCACAUUCUGAAGGUGACAGGACAGGAACAGAUCUUUUACGUCGGACACUCCCAGGGAACCACAAUAGCAUUCAUAGCGUUCUCCACACUGCCGGAGCUCGCCAGUAAGAUUCGGCUGUUCUUUGGGUUGGCUCCUGUAGCGACCGUGGCGUUCACCGACAGCCCCAUGACCAAACUGUCUGUUCUGCCAGAAUGUAUGAUUUGGGAGCUGUUUGGGAAGCGGGACUUCCUGCCGCAGAGCAAGUACAUCAAGUGGUUGGCUGAACACGUGUGUGCAAAGAAAUUGCUGAGCGAGCUGUGUGGAAACCUCUUCUUCGUUCUCUGCGGUUUUGAUGAGAAGAACCUCAACAUGACUCGGACUCCAGUCUACACCACUCACUGUCCUGCUGGGACCUCUGUGCAGAACAUGGUCCACUGGUCGCAGGCAGUCCAUAAAGGGAAACUGAUGGCAUUUGACUUUGGACCAGAAGGAAACAUGAGGCAUUACAACCAGUCAACUCCUCCUGAGUUUCGGGUCCAGGACAUGAAGGUUCCCACUGCCCUGUUUUCUGGGGGCCAAGAUACUUUGGCAGACCCAAAAGACAUGGCUGUUCUUCUCACUCAGGUGUCCAACCUGGUCUACCAUCAGCAUAUUGAGCACUGGGAACAUCUGGAUUUUAUCUGGGGGCUGGAUGCUCCUGAGGUUAUGUUUCCGUCCAUUCUGAGGCUGAUGCAGGAACACCAUUAGAGACACACGGGACACAUAAUUCCUAACGGGGACCAGCAGAGUUCUGGAUGUGUGGACCGGAGGUCCAGAAGCCAGAUUUAAAUCUGGAAUGUUUUUUUUUUUUUUGCUUUGUUUUUAUAAGGAAUGCAGCACCAGGCUGUUGCAGAUGGAGACAACAGGUUUUCAGAAACAAAACAGCAGCAGAUUGUCUCAGUUUGAGUUCUGAUAUUUUCUUAUUUCUGUUCUACAGGUUCUCCCAACAAACAGAGAAAGAACAUGUAUUCUUUCAUCUCUGAAGUGGGUCCAGGCUCAAGGUUUUAGAACGACGAGCAGAGUUCAGUUUUCUAGUCCAGAACCAACUAAAAGCUCUGCCCAGGUUUCAUUAAUGGUCCAAAUGCAUAGGUUUUAUAUUCAACCAGCAGCUGACGGAUUAAAGACUGACACGCUGGCUGGACGGUUCUGAUGAAAGUGGCAGAAUCUGCAUAGGAACACUGAGUGUGGGGUUGGUAUUUCUGCAUGCUGAAAAAUCACAGAACGAUCCUAAGAUUUUAGUCAGAACUUCACCUGAUGUUUCUAGGUUUAUCAGAAACCAACGUCACCUGAUAGAAUAACUUUAAAUGCUAUAAUCAGACCUUUGGUUCAGUCUAAUUAUGUUCAGAUUAGACUGGUCUGAGUUUCCAACUCAAAUCUAGGUAAAACCUUUAGUGUGAAUUAAAGCUGUACAGCUGUGCAAAUGUGAAUUCUUUAUUUCAGAUAUUAAUUCAGAACCAUAUCAGAACUGGUUCCUUCCAGCAAAUCCUCUUUCAUGAGAAAUUCUGGACAUGUGGGUGAAGUUCUGAGCUUCACAGGUUCUGUUUGACCUAUCUGCUGUUUGUGAUCUCCAGCUAUGGACUCUACUGCUACUGCUCUGAUUUCCUGUUUGAAUUUCCAGCAAUAUUCUUAAAGACUUUGCACUGAGACCUGCAGGUGUUUGUUUUACCAUUAUCUGCUCAGAAACAGGAAGAACCAUGUUGUUCACAAUGAGCUGUGAAUUAAAGCUGCUGUUUCAUAUCCAUA